UCUUCGUUUUCAUUUUGUUAUCUGUUUAGUUUAUACCAAACUUACUAUUACAAAACAAUUUUGAUUCUAAACUAGCUACUUUUUUAUGCCAGUUUUUACAAUUCUAAACAUAUAUACUAAAUGAUAAGAAUCUACGUAUAAAUCCAGUAUUGAUGAUGAACAUGUGUGUCUGUCAGCACGGACGGAGAAUUUGUCGGCCUAGUUAUCGUUUACUGAGGCAUCUCACAGCAUCAAUUUCCAGUUACCAAGAAAAGGGUCUGCGUAAAAUUUUCAAUGGGGUUGAGAUUUCAAACCCCGGAACCAUUUUAAUACCCAAUAGUUUGAGCUUAACGCCGAGGUCUAUCGAUGAUGCACUCCACAGACUUAAUGCGGAGAUAACGAUCUUGGGUCGCCAGGGCAAGCUCGAAGAAGCAAAGAAGUUGUUCGAUGAAAUGCCCCAACGAGAUGAUGUUUCGUACAAUUCGAUGAUUACCGUUUAUUUGAAGAACAAGGACCUACUUGGAGCCGAAACAGUGUUCAGAGCAAUGCCACAAAAAAACGUUGUUGCAGAAUCCGCAAUGAUUGAUGGGUAUGCUAAAGUUGGUCGCUUGGAUGAAGCUCGUAAGGUGUUCGAUAGUAUGAGUCAUAGGAAUGCAUUCUCUUGGACUAGUUUGAUUUCUGGGUAUUUUAGUUAUGGAAGAAUUGACGAGGCUUUGCACUUAUUUGAUCAAAUGCCUGAGAGAAACGUUGUGUCCUGGACUGCCGUGGUUUCAGGUUUUGCUCGCAAUGGGUUGAUGAACCAUGCUCGAAAGUAUUUUGAUCUCAUGCCUGAAAAGAAUAUCAUAGCUUGGACAGCGAUGGUCAAGGCAUAUCUUGACAAUGACUGCUUUGAUGAGGCUUAUAAGCUCUUCCUUGAAAUGCCUGAAAGGAAUAUUCGUUCUUGGAACAUCAUGAUCUCAGGUUGUUUGAGGGUCAAUAGAGUGAAUGAGGCUAUAAGUUUGUUUGAAUCAAUGCCGGAUAGGAAUCAUGUUUCGUGGACGGCUAUGGUUUCGGGUUUGGCACAAAACAAGAUGAUUGGGAUUGCUAGGAAGUAUUUUGAUCUCAUGCCUCAUAAAGAUAUGGCUGCCUGGACUGCAAUGAUCAGUGCAUGUGUUGAUGAGGGUCACAUGGACGAAGCUCGCUUGAUUUUCAACCUGGUUCCGGAGAAGAAAGUUGGGUGUUGGAACACAAUGAUCGGUGGCUACGCAAGGAAUGGUGAUAUAGCAGAAGCCUUAUGUCUGUUUGUUUUGAUGUUAAGAUCUUGCGUUAGACCCAAUGAAACCACUAUGACUAGCGUAUUAACUUCCUGUGAUGGCAUGGUGGAACUCAUACAAGCACAUGCAAUGGUCAUACGGCUCGGGUUUGAGCCCAACACAUGGCUUACAAAUGCACUUAUUACAUUGUACUCAAAAAGUGGAGAUCUUUGUUCAGCUAGGCUUGUUUUUGAGCUACUAAAGUCAAAAGAUGUAGUUUCAUGGACUGCCAUGAUAGUAUCUUAUUCAAAUCAUGGACAUGGUCACCAUGCCUUGCAGGUAUUCGCAAGCAUGCUAGUAUCAGGAAUUAAGCCAGAUGAGGUCACCUUUGUGGGACUCUUGUCAGCUUGUAGCCAUGCUGGUCUUGUUAACCAAGACAUUCUAAGUAGAGCAGGACUUAUGGAUGAAGCAAUGGAUGUAGUGUCCACUAUUCCUCCUUCCGAGAGAGAUGAAGCUGUUCUUAUGGCUUUGCUUGGUGCGUGUAGGCUUCAUGGGGAUGUUGUAAUGGCGAAUUCCGUUGGUGAGAAACUAUUAGAGCUAGAGCCAUCUAGUUCAGGCGGGUAUGUACUACUAGCCCAUACAUAUGCUGCAGAGGGUCAAUGGGAUGAAUUUGCACAAGUUAGGAAAAGAAUGAAAGAGAGAUAUCUGAAGAAAAAUCCAGGAUAUAGUCAAAUACAGAUAAAAGGGAAAAAUCAUGUAUUUGUUGUUGGGGAAAGAUCUCAUCCCCAGAUUGAGGAAAUUUACAGAUUGUUACAACAGAAUCUUCAACCUUUGAUGACGGAAAUGGGUUCUACACCAGAGAACAUGUUGCUAGUAGAUUAGUUCUCAAUCAAUUAAGUACUAACCCACGUUACAUCUAACAUAAAAAAAUGUACACUUUAUAGUGUUAUUAUGAACGCCACUGCUUAGUUCUUUUAUACUUGGUGAGCUAUUUGGCAUGAUAUAAAUGAUUGAGUGUUAGGAACUUUAUGAGAACCGCAAAAUUUGUGAGAAUACAAAGUUGACACACAACAGUUAAGGUGUUUUAUGUUAUUGCAUAGGAACAUAACUAUGGAGUGAACUGAAAAGUGGUACAGGUAGGAACGAAAAGAUUCACAAGUGACCUUGAAAUCCAGUUGCAUUAUGAUUAAUGGACUAUGAAAAGUGAGGGGCGUCAAACAAUUAGAAAAUGACAAACCUCGGCCUCUUGUGAGUUGAAUCUUGUGAUCUGACCUAUUAACAACCACCGGGAAAUAUGGUGCAUGUAUUAAGGAAAAACUAUUCAUGACUAAGAAAGAAGAUACGGACACAGACGGCAACAUCUUGGAAUAAGAUCAAAACAUAUGCUCAAACUGCACAAUAAACAGUUUAAUAAUACUAAUUAUUACAUGAGCCUUAUGACAUGGUUUUUUUAAUCAUGUAACGUGAGUCUUAGCUUCUUCUGUGAGAUUCUGAAGUUUGCUAACGACUUUAAGUCUCUUCUGGUUCAUUAGUCAUAUUUAAAACCCAGAACUCUUUUUUAUGGAGAAAUUGUUUAUCAGAAACGAACACUAAAUUCUUCUUAUAAACUCAAUACGUAUAGUCAGUUGAAUUACGUCCACCGUAUACUUAGGACAACAAUUUGACAAUAAAAGCUUAUUGAAACAAGUUAAAAAUUAUUUCAAAAGGUUGAAUUAAGUUCCAAAUAAGUUGAUGUUCCAAUAAUCCAAGUUCAACUCCCUUGUACUUUGACCAGGUCAAACUGAACUAUUUGAACAAGCAAUCAGACAUAUUUGUUCUUUGUAGGCUAGCAAGCAGCAAGUUUUUGCAAACACAAGGAAACUUUCCCCUUUACCUUCUUUUGAGAGGCAAGAGAGGAUCACCAAUAGCUUUCCCAUGUCAUUCACAAAAAGAGAUUCCCUAAGUUAUCAGUACUGUCAUUAUUUUCCUUUGGUGCAUCCAUCGUUUUCUGGCUCUAUUAUAACAACUUGCUUUCAAGACAAACUAUCCAAUUUUGAUACACUUCUCAUACCCCACAAUUAAUGAAUAAACCUGAAUCUGCAUUAAAAUUAGCACAUUCAAGUUUAGUGAUUGAUUACCACGACAACUCAAUACAAGCUCGUACCUAUUAUAUUUGAAUUAUUGGUUUUUUGUCAUUUGUCUUCUUGUUAUAUGUCUUGCUUGAAGC